AUGGAAACUCAUCAAGAGAAGAUUUAUGUUGCUCUGGGGAAAAAUAUUGAAGAAGAGUUGGUGACAUUGAGGUGGGCUCUUAAUCACUGGAGUUCUCAGUCAGUCUCCUUUGUUAUUCUUCAUAUUAACACUAGUUCAAGGGAUUUUGUUCAAACUCCAUUUGGAAAGCUUCCGGCUAGUUCAGUGAAUGAAGAGAUGUUGGAGGCUUUCAGAGCUCAAGAGCAUGAGAGAGUUAAAAAGAUAUUGAAUAAGUACAUGGCUUUAUGCAUUAGGGUGAAAGCGGAAGUUCUGGAAGUUAAUAUAUCCAAAGAACCUGUUCCUAAGAUUCUUGUUGGUCUGAUUUCAAGUCACGGGAUCAAGAAAUUGGUCAUGGGAUUUAAAAGCAUGAAAUCAUCAUCAUGGAAAGCAAAAUGUGACACCAAUAGUUCUUGCUAUGUUCAGAAGCACAAGCCAGACUUCUGUGAACUAUUCACAGUAUACGAAGGAAAACUAGUCAUAUUUAAAGAAGAAAAUGCUGACGAGGGAGGUUACCUCAUAGAUGAAUGUGGAACUAUGGUUGCUGAUUUUAGGAAGAAACCAAAGGAAAAGGGAAACUUAAGAGGGUGGUUUAGUCGAAAAUUUACAGAUAAUGUACCGAGCAAUGAAGAUGAUCAGAGAUCUCCUCAUCAUGUAGUUUCAAAUUCUGCUACCAGUAUUGUACAUGAAGUAGUAAGAGAUAAAUGGGAAGAAAAUGUUGAAGAGAUCGAUAGAUAUGUACAAUUCAUGUUAGAUUCAAAUUCACAAGAACUGGAGCAAAGAGAUGAGACUCGUGAUGAGCUUGAGGUCACAAAGACUAACAAGAAUUAUCUGAGCAGAAAUGAAGUCCUGAGAGCAGUUGAACAAACUGAGAAGAUUCUGGAGCAGAAGAGAAAUGAAGCAAAAGCUGAUGCGGAAAUACGAAGAAAAUCCGAUAGAAUAUUUUCUCUAUGCAAUCAAAGGACAGAGGAAAUAGAAGCAAAGUUGAGAGAAGAUCGUACCAAGCAAAACAAUCUGACGCAAGAGCUAAACACAGUAAGAAGUCAGCGACAUGAAAUAUUUGGUAACAUCACAGAGAGCAAGAACAAACUGAAAUCAGAGCUUGACCAUCAAAGAGAGUUCAUGAUCAACCUCCAAGCCUACUCAUUGAAGAAAUCAGACCUCGAGUCUGCAUUAGCAAUGAUAGAGACUGAGAAAAAUGAAAUAUUAGGAAAAGUUGAAGAAACUCGUCGACAAAGAGAAUUUGUGAAAAGGAGGAAUGAGUAUUACAGGAUAAGGGAGGAGAUGGGAAAAUCGUUCAGAUAUAGGGAAUUUAAUGAAGAGGAGAUAAGAAACGCAACUGAUGAUUUUGCAACGAAAAUGGCGAUUUCUGCAGACUUAGAAGGUGUAAUCUAUAGAGGAAGAAUUGAUCGUAUCGAUGUUGUGGUUCAAUUCAAGACUGUAUUCCUGGAUUCAUUAGAGGAGUUCCAAGCUCAGGUCAAGCUCCUGCACAAAAUCAACCACCCACACAUACUCACCAUGACAGGCGCGUGCGCAGAGCGCAGAUGCAUCGUGUUUGAGUACAUGCAUCAUGGAAGCUUACAUAACAUUCUCUUCUCUUCUUCAAAGAAACCUACCCUUCAACUCCCAUGGCAUGCAAGAAUCAGAAUCAUCGUCGAUGUAUGCUCAGCAUUGGGCUUUCUCCACUCCAGCAAGCCUAGCCCAACUGUGCAUGGUCGUUUGAACUCCUCGCAUGUACUAUUGGGCCAUAAUUUCACUGUCAAGAUCAUGGGCCUAAGCUAUAAUAACAACGCAAGGCCCUCAUCGGAUAUUCUGAAUCUUGGCCUACUCAUACUUCAGCUUCUUACAGGAAACGAGGAAAUUGGCUUGCAAGAGGUGAGUCAAGCAAUUGAAGAAGAUACACUAGCAGGAAAUUUGGAUGAAAGAGCAGGAGACUGGCCUUUAGAUAUUGCAAUGGAGUUUGCAAAAAUUGGUUUGCAGUGUUGUGAAAAUGAGGCUAGAUAUGAGGAAAAUGUUGCAGUGUUGAUAGGAGAGAUAAUGAACCUGCAAGCUAAGGCAGAGAGUAGAACGCUGCAAGGGGGAGAAAAGAUAAGAUCGAUUGAUGUGCCUGAUGUUUUCCUCUGUCCAAUCUUUCAGUUCGACAAUAUUAUUGAAGUAAUCAUAACAACCAACAUUUAUGGAACCUUCAAUAUUUGUACAUAUGGGUUCACAUAUGAGUAUGAGGCAAUAAAGGAGUGGUUGAGUAGUGGGCAUGAUACAUCACCCAUGACCAACCUCAGGCUCAAAAACAAACUCAUCACACCAAAUCACACUCUCCAAUGUCUCAUCAGGGAUCGUUGGAGAGACGAACGCUAGCUGCAGACAACCCCUCAUGCAUAUUUUCACUAAGCUCAAGAGGAAAAGAGAAAGGAAUUUUCGCGUCUGUCUGCAAUAUUAUUGUUGAUUUUUGGUGUAAAGUGUUUCAUCUAGCUAGUAAUAUUGUCAACAGAACAAUGUGGAGCUGAUACACAAAUUUUUGUGGCAAACCUUUUGAUUUUCUUGGCGUUAAUGAUUCUAUAAUCAUUUAU